AUGUCGCUUUCAUCGAAGACGUACUGCACUAUCGAAGGCAACACUCCGCUUGUCCGUCUCGACUUUAAUGCGGACACGCGCAUUUGGAUCAUGUAUUUUAUGGGCGAGCAGACGCCGGACAACCGUCUCACGCACGAGUUUCUCGUGGAAGGGAUUUCCCCCGCACUGCAGGAUGUCCGCAAACAAUGGGAGAAGUGGGUCGAUGAAGACGAUACGGACAUGGGCGCGGCCCUGGUGACUACCUCGCUCCUGGAGAACAAAAUCUACUCCAACGGCCUGGACUUGCUGAACGCGAUCGGCGAUCCAAACUUUUUCAACGACUACCUGAACCGCGUCUUUCGCGAGUUUAGCACGCUGCCGAUCCCGACUGUGGCUUCGAUCGGUGGGCACGCGUUUGCUGGGGGCUUUACGCUGGCCUGUGCGCACGACUACCGCGUGCAGAAUGGCGAGCGCGGGUACAUGUGCAUGAACGAGAUCGAGUUUGGCGCACCGAUCCCUACUGGGAUGAUGAGCAUGCUUCAUUCGGUGAUCAGCAACCCGACUGUGCUGCGCAAGGUGGUGCUGGAAGGCCAUCGUUUCCCGGCCAAAGAGGCGCACGCGUACGGAUUCGUCGACAUUGUCGCCAGUGGAGGCUCCGAAGGCACGCUCAAGGCCGCGAUCGAGCUUGCGACCAAGCUGCGCUCGCGCUGUGCCAAGAAUGCAUGGGGUCAAAACCGCGAGAUUAUCCGCAAGGAUGCACUUGUGAAGCUAAGGGAGAACGACGUGUUUGAGCCAAAGUUGUAA